GGACUUCCAUUGUCGAAACAACGAAAUAUCAUCAAAGACACCAUUGAACAGUAUCAUCAAAUAUGUCCAACGCCUGCGCGACGUGCGCUCUUCCCUUUGGAAAUGCUUUAGAUCCCAUCUCGGAGAAGCCACUUCUACCUGGUCGAUAUCUCUCCUGCUGCGGACGAUCAAUAUGUUCACGAUGUCUGAACCAAAACAAACGAUACGAAACAUAUUGCCCAUAUUGUCAGAUCACAACGACUCCAUCGCUGCUUCCUCAGGGUCUGAAAGACCCGCCUGCAUAUUCUGCAUCAGAUGCCCGUCAACCGCCACCAUCAUCCACAUAUCUCGAUGAUGAAGAACCACCGGCAUAUUCGACACAUCAACCCGUUCGACAUCAAAUUUCUGAGAAGACUGUACCCGCAGAAGACGUCCUCCAUUUCAUCCGGCCAGAAGACACUGUUCUUUCCGUAUCAUUAGCCUACGGCGUUCCCAUCGAUGUCCUUCGAAAGACCAACAAUCUCUUCUCGGACCAUUUGCUGCAAGCACGAAAAACUUUGCUUGUACCGGGAGAAUAUUACAAGGGUGGUGUUUCGCUCUCGCCACAGCCGUUGGAAAGCGAAGAAGAAGAGGUCAAGAAGACUAAAGUCAGGAGAUGGAUGGUUGCAUGCAAAGUCGCCGAGUACGAUGUGGCAACGUUAUAUCUCCAGCAGUCCGAAUGGAACCUCGAGGCCGCAAUCGAUGCGUAUCGGGAGGACGAGAGAUGGGAGAAGGAGCACCCGCUGGAAGUCAAGUCGAGAAUGAAGAAUGGAAAGAAAGCAGCAGAUACAGGAAUGAGGAGAUUCGUUGGUGGGAGUGGCAGCAUGAGGUGA